AUGGAAGGUCAUAAUUUCACUAGAUUUAGGAGCCUUGGAACUGAUAGAGAAGUAGAAAAAAAUAUAGACAAAAUUAUGGCAAACAGAGUUUGGUUGUCUUUGUUCCAGGAUGUAAAUGUGCAUUGCCUCUCAGCUACCAUGUCGGAUCACUAUCAUGUUUUUCUCCGCUGUGACAAAAUUACAACUCCUAAUCGGACAAAGUUGGGUUUCUGUUUUGAAAAUGCUUCGUUAACCGAAGAAGACUUUAAUGAUUUUGUGUGCGAGCAAUUGAAUAGCCUUGCCAGUCUUCCAUUAUUAGACAAGAUGAAGCAGAAUGGAGAAAUUCUGCAGAAUUGGGGCAAAUCAAAUUGUCAUAAGAUCAGGAAGGAAAAUGACAAACUGCACGGAAAUAUAGAACAAACUCGAAAUAACGUCGGGCAUGAUAAUGGUAAUUACUUUACAGCUCUUAAAAGGUGUAUGAAUUCCCUUCUGAUGAAGCCAAGUUCACGUGAAAGGGUUCUGCAGGCUAUUAGUUCCUCUAUAAGCGAAGACGAUAACCGUAUGCUGACGGCCCCUUUUAUUAUCGAGGAAUUAGCUGAAGCUAUCUUUUCUAUGUAA